CGACGCGAAUGUGACUUUUUUUGCUGAGACCAGCGCUCCGUCAACAGACCGCAUGGCCGACAACUCGAAUGAAGCAGCGCCGUUGCUGCCCACCACGUCCUCCAGCCCAGUCUCCGUCAAAGUUGAUGGAGAGCACAGCCCUCACGCUCUGCUGGGUAUGGCGUGCGUCGCAUUGGCGUCAUUGUGCUUCAGCUUCAUGUCCACGUUCAUCAAGUACAUGACUUUCACCUUCUCGUCCAUGGAGGCCACAUUCUGGCGCUCACUCGGUGUGCUCGUGUGCAAUCUCGUGCGUUGCUGCAGCUCCAAAAUAGCUGUCAAUAACAUACUGACACUGCUGCCACCGUGUUAGAUCGUUGUCAAGUUGUCGGGCAUCAGUCUGUACGUCGAACCGGAGUUCCGCAAGAUGCUGCUGUACCUGCAUUGCGGGCUUCGCCUGCAUGGGCUUCGCUUUCUACGCCAUGUCGCAAAUGGUGCUAGCCGACGCCAGCUCCUUAGUGUUCGUUAGCCCCGUCCUCACCUUCUUCAUGGGCGCGCUGUUCCUUCAUGAGAAAAUCGACCCGAUCAGUCUCAUUAGCGCCAUCACCGCGUUUGGUGGUCUCAUCUGUGUAGUACGUCCGGGAUUCCUGUUUGGAUACGACCACCCGACGGCUGCAUCGGAUGGCUCGUGGGUUGCAGUUUGCUCGGCUUUACUGGGCGCGUUCAGUCAAGUGUUCGUGUUUCUGACGAUGCGUCAGCUAAAGGGGUUGAAUGUGUUCGUAAUUGUGCACUAUUUCGCGUUGGCGAGUGUCAUUUUGACGAUGCUGUGGUUAGCGCUGAUUCAACAGUCCUUCUACAUGCCCGAUACGUUCUUGCUUUGGAGAGCUAUUAUCGGUACUGGUAUAGCUACAUUCGGCGGGCAAAUGUUCCUUACUCGAGGCUUCCAGCUGGAGAAGGCAGGCAUUGCGGCAGUCAUGCGCUACUUGGACGUCGUAUUCGUCUUCAUCUGGGACUCGCUUAUUCUGGGCGAACACAUCAACCAUUGGAGCAUUGUUGGCGCGGUAGUUAUCCUCACCUGUGCCGUGAUUAUUGCGGUGCGUAAGAUUCAGAUGACCAUGAAAGAUUAAACCGCACAUUUGUACCACGAUGCUAGCGCAAGUGAGCUCAACACAACAGUUUUGUACACGCACAUUUCGGUAACAAUUGCAACCGAGUUGUCUCUACCAAAUCGAAAAUCCACGCUAGACUUGCCUUGCAAUUUAUUAAGCCAUUGGAUAGAUGCCUGCUUCCGUGGUGUCCCCUGUGGCCGACAUUAGGGCGAAGGUGACGGAUUCUCGAGUAGCUCCUCCAUGCUCUUGCGCCGCCGCAUGGAUUUUGCCAUUGGCAUCGAUCUAAAUUCCGACAGUGUUCGUGGAGGAGGUGGACUGCGGUUCUCAGGUACCGCGUCUACCGGAGCAGGCAUACUUUCCAGCGCAAACUUGGCUCUGGUAGAAGUAUUUCCGUCACGAAGCCGCUGCCGCUUUAGAGGAGUCGGCGAGACUGUCGAUGAUUUUUCAAUCGGAGCGAAAAAUUUCUCGACGUCGAGACGGCGAUGAAUCACAGUGGAAAAUCCACGUCGAGUUCGCAGAUAUCCAGCGUCAGUCACCACAACACCGAAGUCGUAGUAUACGUGAGGCAACAUGUAAGUGAGGCCGUCGUCCUCUACCACGUCAAUAUCGAAGCAACAACGGACCAAACUAUUCGCUCUGGCUGGUGUGCGCAACAGCUCUUCCAACGGUAGUCGACUGUAAUUCUUCGCAUGACGGCGAGAUAUCAGAGGUGCCUUGGAGGUGCGUUGAUCCACCGAGGGAUAUGACAAAUGUUCGUCAAUGUUGUCGAAAUC